AUGUGGAAUGAUACUAUUGGGUUUGGUGGGAGAGUGAUUGUGACAAGCAGAAACGAGAGAUUGGCUAAGAAGAUAGUCGGAGAAGAAGAGAAUGUGCUGCGUUUGUUUCCGAGAUCCGAUGCAGAGAGCGUGUGGGAGAUUUACAGCGAUGCAGUACUUGGAGCACCCAUGAAAGUGAAUCCGAGGUAUCCAGGGAGAUUCAAACAAGAGCUUAUGGAUAAGUCUUGUGGUGUUCCUUUGGCUGCUCGAAUGUUGUCCAAGCUUGAGCCUGUGAAAGUGGAUGAAACCGGGGGAGACAUGGAGAAGUAG